GUUAGAAGACACUGGCGUAAAGAUAUGUCGCCUUGGUACUGAUAUCCAUUAGUUAGGUUAUAAGCAUGGCAGGUUCACGGAGGAUUAGAGAAGCUUUCGAAUCCGCGAAUGAGUUCCUCUCACCUGUCUUAAAUAGAGAGGAGAUACAAAAGUCACGCGGCGACUCUCUGGUGCAGAUAUUGAGCGUAAAGCUAUCUGUGGCUCCUGAAGAGGAGAAUCAAAGAAAAGCAGUCAUUAACGAGGCUCUAUCGCUCCUGGGGCAAAUCCAUACAGCAUUUGCUACUUCCAUAGGGGACGAUGAACCCGAAACGACAACCGAGACUGAAGAUGUGGCCUUGGAAGAUGCAAAACGCCGUAGAUUACUUCAUGCAUUGCUAGAUCUCAUUUCUCUUGAGGGUGUUUAUCCCUCUUUGUCAGGAGGAGUCGGUAUUCCUCUUGAGAAAAGGGUCAUUUCUGUCCUUCCUGCAGGGGUGAUCGCUAAACAGACUGAGAUUCCCGCGGACAGUAAGCCCAGAGAUGAAGCACUACUACGCCAGAUCCUGAAAGUCUUGCGCGACCUGCUUUUUGAUGAACGGCCCAGCAUACAGCCGAUCAUCCGGGGUCGUAUCUUGAGUGACAUAAUAAGCGGUUCUGCUGAUCUUGCCUUCAACGCAAGAACGUUGCCUUUACAGGAAAAAGAAGAAUUUAGGGAUAUGUUCCAGAAGGUUAUUGACCAAACUCCAACGCAGGUCUUGUUGCCAACUUUGACUGCUUUUCUAAGAACGGAUACCGCUCCAUGGUUCAAAUCCACAAUCUCUAGUCAUCUAUCUGUCAUACCUCUGCGGCCGGAUGGGGUUCUUCAGACUAUGAUAUUCGUUGCAUCUCAGUUUGCGCCUUCACUUGGCCACGAUGCUCAGACGCCAUCCUCCGAUGGACCUCCCAUCACAGUGCAGGCAAUCAUGCAGACCUCGAAGCUUCUUUCUUCUGUACCACAGGGUAUGGACCCGGUGGUCUACUUUGAGAACGUUUCGCCAAAGCUGUUGGCGUUGUUGGACGGUGAAGAUCUGGAUUUGAAAAGAACCGCUGCGUACGUCGUGGGUAGCGGAAUCUUAGGGAAAAGAGCAUAUGGUGCCCCUGGAACCAUUGGACAUUCAAUAUUCGCGGAGCCGAUUUUCAAGGCUCUCACAGCCGAACUUGAUGAGGCAUCACAGCGAUGGAUGAGACGUUUCACGGGCCUUGGCGAAGCUUUACCUUGGGACCGAGAACACGAGUCGCCGCGGAAAGUUAUUGUUGGAGAGUCUCAGAUAUUCCUAGGUAUCGAGAGACUAAGGAGCCUGACGUUGCAACAUCCGAAUCCUGGUCUUGUGAAGAGACUUCUUCAUCCGAUUCUGCUGCCUCUCUGGGGUAUGGCAUGCUAUGCACGGGAGCAAGGAAAGACCGCCUGGCACGAAAAGAUCCUGACACUCCUACAAACAUUCUUUGGUAUGUCCGUGGGUGUCCUGCCAUUGAAAAAGCUCGUCGAUAACCUGCUUUGGGACGGUAAACCUACAUGGAGCUACGGACCUGGUGAAAAUGAAGGCAUAUCGUUGCAACAGCGAGGAAAGAGCAACACGCAAGGACUAAAUCUAGUCCAAUUAGUCGACUCAUUAGACUUACGAGCAGACGAAUUCGUCAAGCUCUUGGGUUCAGAUCCUCAAAGUGAGGAGAGAACGGCGGACAUUUUCUUGUAUGUCAGUGAGAGAUGGCUGGUGCAACCGUCUACCCACCAGCCGUCUUUGAAUCGACUGAAGCUCCCUCAUGAACAAGAUGACCCUGAAGCCAUAACACAGAAGCUAGUCAGUGCCAAAAUAGCUGAGAAGCUACUUGAGAAUUUCAAGGACACCCUAUCUCGCCAUCCUUUGCGUGUGCUUGAGCUUGUCAAGCAGCUUAUUGAAGGCGAACUUCGAGAAUACGAAGCCAAGGAGAACAGAAGGAGAGAUACAGAUAGUGCAAAAGCCACACUGGCAUCGCUCUCUAACAUCGUCGCUAGAGACCAAUCGGCUUCAGACGCGAGCCCGGAGCAAGCAGAAGCUGGAGAAUCAUUAUCAGCCGCAUUCAGCUUAUUAUCUACAAUUCUCGCGUCGCCUGAAUUCUCUGUAUCCGAAGCUCUUGUUCCGACACUCCAGAGUAUAAAAACACAAUUAGAUCGCCUCACCCCUCACCUACCAGCCUCUCUAUCAAAACCGGGAACAACAUCCUCCAUGCUCUUGGAAAUCCAUCUAUCCUCACCUGAAGAGUUAAAGGAGAAUACGAAGGCGGCACCUUCUCACGUUUCUGAUCUCGAAACUCAUCGACAAGCCCUGAGCAAUCUCAAUUCCCCUCUUCCCCCAGUCCAGGCAGAAGGUCUUUCGUUACUGUCUAAUCUCAUAACCAAAUCAUCUCCAGUUCUGGAUAUUCCUUCAACGCUCUCCUUGCUUUUAUCACUUAUCAUGGAUACCUCCGAGUCAGCCGCAAAUGAAGAAUUCAUUUAUUUGAAUGUCAUAAAACUUAUUGGAGAGCUUGCGUCGAGACACCCUCGAACGGUCGUCAAAACCCUCGUGGAGCGCUAUGCUGAUAGAGAGGAAGAGAGAACUCUCGACCAAAGACUCAAACUCGGAGAAGCGCUUCUACGCACAGUUCAGGAUCUGGGAGACGCGCUAGCCGGAGAAACAGCAAAGAUACUCGGCGAAGGCAUGAUAUCUGUUGCCGGCAGACGAAGCCGGAAACCACAAGCUCAUCAAGUGCGAAAAUCCCAGUUAGAAAAGGAACGAAGGCAGAAGGAACGUGAAGCGCGAGAAUCCGCUAUGCCAGAAGGGUGGAGUAUAUCCACUCCGUUGUCUAACAAAGAAUCCGGGCCAUCCAUUUCUGAACUUCAAGAAGACGACGACUCGGAUAUGGAGACACCAGAACAAGCUGCCCAGUCAGCUAAUAUCGUCUCUGCCUGGGCUGCCGGAGCAGCUGCAGAUGAAGACCCAGAUGACCUACGGGCGCGUGCCUCAGCAAUAUCUAUCCUCGCGACCGCAAUCCAAACAAACCUCCUUGGUCUAGGUCCUCAGGUCGCCUCUUCCGCUGUUGAUCUCGCUUUAUCCACUCUUUCUUUGGAGACAGAGCCCGAGAGCGCCAUCCUCCGCCGCGGAAGCGUCGUCCUCCUACUUGACCUCAUCAAAGCCAUUGAUGAGACGCGUGAGAACAAAGGCUCCAGCGCCCUCGGAUUCGGUUUCUCACUUACAGACGACGCGGGUAGAGCAAGUGGCGCUGACCGCGGGAGGACGAUAGGAAACAUUCCUCAGAUACUUCGUACGCUGCUAUUCGUCGAGAGCAGAGAAACUGAUAGUAUUGUGAGAGGACAUAUUCGCGUUUUGAUCGAGAGUCUGGAGGCGUGGAUGGAGAAGUCUUUAAUGUGGGGUAUUGGGGCGCGCGGAGACAGGGAAGAGGAUGAGGAACCGAGACUGGAGUUAGGCGAUAGACUUGCUGGCUUGGCUAUCAAUCCGUUAGCAGGACGAGAUGGAAGGAUGGGUCCCAGGAUUGAGGAGAUUGAGUAGUUUGGCGUUCUCUUUGUGAAUUCUUAGAGAAUCCUACGUUGAACGAUCAUGGAGGCGCUGCCGACUAGAUAUUCGGAUAGAAGAAAUCGUUUCAAUUCAAGGUUAUCCAGCUUUGCUGGU